UCGACGCUGGCGGGUUGGGCUCAGACUCAGUGACUUCACACGGACCGACCGACCGACAGAGGCCGCGCAGAAAAGUCAGACACACGGGUUUAAACCUCCACAAACCAGUGCAAAGUGUGAAAAACAGAAGUGCAGAUUUUUUUUCUUCUCUGUGUGCAGACUUCUUCUUCUCCUCCACUUCUCCAGCUCCAGCAAAACCAAUGUGGGAUAGUGAUUGGAGUUGACAAGCCCGCUCCACUACUGUAUCUACUCCCCUUCCUCCUCCUCCUCCUCCUCCUCCCUCCUCCUCCUCCUCCUCUCCCGCUCCACACAACCAGGAAAUCGUCGAGGUGUGCUUUCUUUUUUUUGCUGCUGGUUGCUACCCCGUUUUGCGGGUGUAGAUGCGUCUUUUUCUCGCCGAUUUUUUAUUUUAUUUCUUCCACUAGUUUGACUUUUAACGCCGGGCUCCAGCUCGGAAGUCAAGCCCAGAAAACUUGCCCCUGCGAGGAGAGGAUCUCCACUCUGGCCGAACAAUGAGCGAGUCGAGUAUUUGCCAGGCUCGGGCCACUGUGAUGAUCUAUGACGAUGGCAAUAAGAAGUGGCUGCCGGCGGGCGUUGGACCGCAGGCCUUCAGCAGAGUCCAGAUCUAUCACAACCCUUCCACCAAUGCCUUCAGGAUAGUGGGACGCAAGAUGCAGACGGAUCAGCAGGUGGUUAUAAACUGUCCAAUCGUGAAAGGUCUCAAGUAUAACCAGGCCACACCCAAUUUCCACCAGUGGCGGGAUGCCCGGCAGGUGUGGGGGCUCAACUUUGGCAGCAAAGAGGAUGCCACUCUGUUUGCUAAUGGCAUGGCUCACGCUACGGAGGUGCUCAGCUCCUUGGCAGACGCAGGCUAUGCAACCCUUCCCCGCCCAGUGUCAAAUGGACCUACUCCAGAAGAGCUUGAACAGCAGAGAAGGUUGGAACAGCAGGAACGGGAGCGUCAGGAGAGAGAAAAACAGGAGCGGGAGCGGCAGGAAAGGGAGAGACUGGAGAGAGAGAGACAAACUGCUGCAGUCUCCAUUCCUCCACCUCCACCGAUGGGCCUUGGAGCUCCCGCUCCUCCACCUGCCCCUCCGCUGCCCCCUGCCCCUCCUCCGUCUGGUGCCAUCCCUCCCCCGCCGGGACCACCACCUCCGCCGGCCCCACCCCUGCCCCCCAUCGGAGGAGGAGGUGGAGGAGGAGGAGGUGGUGGAGGCUUGGCAGCUGCCAUAGCAGGAGCUAAACUCCGCAAAGUAUCCAAGCAGGAGGACGGAGCUCCUGCAACUCCAAUAGGCAGAUCCGACCCAAGCCGCAGCAGCAACUCCUCUAUUGGAUCAGGUGGAGGAGGUGGAGGAGGUGGAGGGGGUUUGAUGGGUGAAAUGAGUGCCAUCUUGGCACGAAGGAGAAAAGCCACAGACACAGGAGAGAAGCCCGCCGUGAAGCCACCAGAUAAUGAGGAUUCAGAGCCUCAAGGUCAAGGCGACACCCUGAGAAGACCUUGGGAGAAAUCAACUAUGUCCAGGAAUAACUCCAUCCCCAAGAGCAUGGACUCCGCCCCCUCAUUGUCCCAAGGUUUCAGGCCGAAGCCUGCAGGCAACAACAGUAAUGAUGCAGGUGGAAUGGAUGACUCGGAUUUAGAGAAAAUGAAACAGGAGAUACUGGAAGAGGUGCGGAAAGAACUACAAAAAGUCAAGGAGGAAAUUAUCGGAGCCUUUGUUCAGGAGCUGCAAAAGAGAAGCACAUAGUUCUGCUGAGCGUCAGGUGUAACGGAGGGAUGUGAUAGAUGGAGGUGGUUGAGGACUGUUGGGACCUCUCCUCCACUGCGCCCCUCUCACGUAGCCCAGGGAUUUUUCUUCUUCCUCCUACACAUUUUCUCUUUUCUGUCUCUCUUACACAAACGCAUGUGAGCAUACUUGCUUAUGUGUAUCAUCAUGCAUAUUCACUUCAUGAAAUGGUAACCCUCCCCAUGCCAUCCGGCACUUUCGAUGAUGGCUCACUAACGUUGCUACGGUGAUCCCAUCAAUCCAAUCUCUCCCCUGUUCAUUCAUCCCGUCCCCUCGUGUCCUCCGUGUUCUGUUCAUCCGAACCAAUUCAGAGGACAUAGCUGCAGCCACAGUUGCUCUUCCAAUUCGUCAUCAUGUACACUCAUCAUAUCCCUCUUUUUCUGCAGAAAUCCUGCUACUUGUGUCUUCUCCCUUCUGCUAUCGGACGCACCAUUUACUGAUAGAGCAGUCUUCAGUAUUCAGGGACAAUGUAUUAGUCACAUUUUUACUGUAAUAGCAAGAUGCUGGCAUGCUGGGAUCCUUUUCUCUCUUUCUCAGUUGGCAAACACUUGUUCAACCUCAAACACUGCCACAGAUAGUUGAGUUUAGACAUCUGCUAGUAGGUUUUUGUCUCUAAUGGUAGUUGGAGGUGGAAAAACAAUAAUAAUCAAGGAGACCCCAACUCCCCGACUACUGCCGUGUCGCUCCGUCAAGUGGACUUUCAGCUCCUGCUCCAAUGGCUAAGAACUAAAUCAGCACAACACAAGCCUUCACUGCUGCAAGAUGGAGACGUUAGAGGAAGAGGAGACAAGCAAAGGGAAUCUGAUGGACAACCUGUGUGCUGUGAAAGAGGAGUGUGUUGUAGUUUUAUGAUGUGUGAGAAAUGUUUUCUCUUUGCAUUGCACUUGUUCCAGAGGAAGUGUGUCUGUGUGCCACACUGCCUUGACAGACUAUUCCCUCUCACUCAAAAUGAGAUAUUUGUUGGCCAGUGCAGUGGUCCUACACUGUGCUUCCGCUAGUUAUUUUUCUUCCAUUCAAGCUAUGUUUUCUAACUUUGAAACAUGAAAAAUGGCCAUGAUGAGGUCAAUUAAUUUGGCCAUGACCAACUGCCUUGAGAAUAAAUAUAUAAAUAUAUAUAUAUAUAAGGAAAAAUAUAUAUUUGUUUUGAGGGAAAAUGUUAGCAAAAAUUAAAUGGUGUUUCUAUUUUAAUUGAAAUGACUGGUGAAUGGGGAUUUUGUUUUCCUUUUUUUCAAUGAUUGUUUUCUUAUGAGAUGUUAUUUUGGGUUUACUGUUUCUUUUUUCUAAUAGAGUCUAGGCUUUUUACACUGAAAUAAUAAGAAAACAGCUUAGAGACACUGGAUUAGAAAUGCCUUUAUAGUCGAAUACAGCUGCUUCUUGAAAAUGCAUUACUUUGUCUCGAGUCAUCUUUUUGCAUCCUUUUGUAAGAUUUCUCUGAAUUCAGACUAAUGAGAUUUUGCACAAACUGGCAUUGAAAUGUUAUGAAAUACAUUGGAUGAACAAUUUUCAUGACUGAAUUUUAGCUUUAUUAUGACAAUAAAUAUGUGCAAGCUGACUAUAUCUUUUAA